GUGAUUUUAUUUUAUACCUACGUGAUUUUACCGAAAGAACCAAAGAGUAUAGUAUUCUUAUUGUCCAUAUGUACUGUGUACAUUAAUGCAUCUUAUGAAAUGUAAUUUCACCCGAAAACGCAUUUGCCCCUAGUGGCAGCCUGGUUCUGGUAUCAGAAGAAUUUGGGUUUCUUAAACGUUGGGUAUUUGGAUGUUUCAGUCGUAAAAAUUUACCCAGCAUCCCUGUGAUGGUGGAACAGCGUUUGAAAGAGCAACCACGACGCUCUCUACAGCAUGGUUUGUUUUCAUAGUAGAUGCAAAUUAAAUGUAAUGUGAAAAAGUCUUAAUGGAUAAAAUGAGCAUGCACGUAUAAUUAUCUUCAAAGGACAUGAAGCAGCUGACGUGAAUCCAGCCCAACUGGUUUCGCCUGUGCUCGGUACGGAACAGUCGGCUGAUGAAAGACUACCAUGCUGCUCCUCGGCACAAAACGAGCAGCACUGGCACACAGACAAAAACCACGCCGUGUCUUGUCAUGAGGGCAGCCUUUAGCGUAUGCUGGAUGCGUAUAUAUUUUUUUAACGACGAAACUUCAUUGACAGCAUGAUACGUAAUGUGGUCGGUGGCUCAAGGGGCCGGCCCGUGCAGCCACGUGUGUCGCGGUGUACGAGGCGACGCUCUUCGCAUGCGGUGCCGCCGCCCUGCCGUGCCGGGCCACCCAUUGGGGCCGCUACCCGUGGCACUUCGCGGUGCAUGGUUGGGGGCGAUAACAAUGCGCGUCAUUGGCUGUUGAUGCUCCUCCCUUGGCUCGUCUCCUGUCCCACUUGACGAGCUCCACUGAGGGCCGUCUCACAGCUGAGUGUGAGCUGGGAGCCACUGUUGGAUCAGCGCCGUCUCACGGCUGAGUGUGAGCUGGGAGCCACUGUGGGAUCAGCGCUGCGACAGUCGCCGAGGAACCAGACGUGCAGCCGCCCUACUGCAGACCGAUCAUGGAUGUGGGCGCUUACCUGGAGCGGAUCUGCUUCGUGGGCAGCACAGUCCCUAGCGCGGCCUCGCUCCGCGCCCUCCACCGUGCCCACGUGCUGUCCGUGCCGUUCGAGACACUCAGCAUCCACUGUGGGGAGUCCAUAACCUUGGACCUGGAGAAGAUCUACCACAAGAUUGUGAAGGAACGACGAGGAGGCUUCUGCUACGAGAACAACGGCCUCUUCUCCUGGCUGCUGCGGCAGUUGGGAUUCCAGGUGACCCUGUGUUCAGCUCGUGUGCUGAGCCCCUUCACUCACAGGUACGGGCCUCCUUUUCAACAUCUCAUGAUCCUCGUGACACUGGGUGCAACGGACGGCCAGAAAUGUCCAUCGGCGCUUCCUUCAGGGGAGCGACAGCUCGAGAGGUUCGUGGUGGAUGUUGGCUUUGGGAACGGCAUGCGGGAGCCUUUGGAGAUGGAGAGUGGACGGGAGAGCGUGCAGGAGUCUGGGACGUACCGGCUGCGCAACGACUGCCCUGCCGGCUGGUGGAGCCUGGAGGAGGCCUCGGUGGAGGAGGCCGGCGGUGAUGGGAUCCAAUUGAAAGAUGUAGAACUACAGCCACCUCGUGUGGAGGAAGACGAACGUUGGACGGUGCUUUACAAGUUCACAACAACCGCACGUGGAUUUCUGGAAUUCUCAGAUAUGUGCCAGUACAACCAGACGUCACCGAGCUCCAUGCCUGCGUCUAAAUCUCUGUGCACCCUUCACACGCCUCAAGGUCGGGUCACCUACAUGGGCCAACGUCUCACCAGCACCACCGUCAAGCCGGCGCGGGACCAUCGAGUCUGCAGGAAGAGCAAAGCCGUCCGUGAGCUUUCCGAUGAAGAGAUCCCCAUCGUGUUGAGGGACGUCUUUGGAGUCGUUCUCAAAAAUACAUUGGUGCCAAAAGAUCGUGCCAUUGUACCUGAAGAGUGCGAUCAGUUUUAAUGUUUUAGAAUUGUAACACGGGAAGGCCAACGUGCACCUGGUGUUACUGUGCAUCAUUCAUGCAUGCACGCGCGCACGCGCGCAAACACACAAAGACACUAUAAGUGAGCACCCACCAAGGCAUCCAUAAGCACACGUUCUAUGGAGCAUGGCGAGACCAGCAUGGUCUAUAUACGGAGUGGUGGGGCUGGUUGUUGGGGUGCCACGGUAGCGCGAUGUUAACUAUCUCGCCUGGUAUGCAGGAGGUGGUCGGUUCGAUCCCCACCCUGAUGCCUGCUGUGUAUUUGAAGUUUGCAUGUUCUCCCCGUGGUCACGUGGAUUUUUCUCAGGAUCCUCCGGUUUUAAAGAUGCAUUUAGAGUCAUUUGCUGGUAUAAAUUUCCACACAUAAGCCAUUUAAUUGAGCUAUCGGUUGUGGCCAGAUCGCUUCUGAAAAGAGCUAUAUAGCUGAGUGGGCCUUACCUGGUAAAAGUUUAGUUUAACUUAUAAUAUAAGUCCUAUGAGGAUACGUUCCCAACCUUCGUAAAUUACCAUCUCAUACUAUAAACACUUAUUAAACUACAGUGCAUAUUGUAAAAAAAGACAAUUUAUAUUUAAAAUUGUAAAAAUAGCACGGCGUGUGCUAGGGGCACGGGGUGGGCUGCGGGGCCGGCUGCAGCGCACGUGGAGUUUAGGUGCAAGCGGUGAGAACGCCGGGAGACGGUGGGGCCCACCGUUCAGUCUCCAGCACCAGCGAGGGGGUUCACUCAGCUCGUCACCACCCCAUCUGCUGUUAACACAACAGGCAGUGGUACUGUCAGCAUGGGGAUCCACAGUGGGAUUCACGCGGGGAGGAACCAACGUGGAGUGAUUCCGUCAUUCGUCUUCCUAAUUUGGCGAACACGCAACACUCAUGCACACGUGGCUGUCAGAUCUACGGUAGGCUGAUGAAUUUGCUCCAGUCACGGGCAGUGAUUUGUCGAUGCAAUGACAGUGGUUCAGUGACAACAUCGGCUUCCCGAGAGGCAACCCCUCUUCGGAAAUAAA